UGACGGUAUAGUUAGUCUUGUUGUAAGCUACCCAAGGUGCAAACAUGGCCAUUGAAGUGUGCUGUCAAUCAAAAAUGCCGGGAAAUUAGUUUCUUCUUACCGACGUAGAUGUCGGUAGUACCGUAAUUGGCGAACUAUUCAUAGCUGGCAGUGUCACAUCCUCGUACAUAAUAUGUCUUUUACAGAGGCCUGGAGUCGUUUAUGGGAAAUUUAAUGACACGAGGUUACGGUACUUCAGGAGUAGGAUCUUCACAAAUUGUGUCUUUUAACCUGACCAAUCUUCUCAUCUUGAUCCUUUUGAAAGUAGUCAUAUUUGCUGCGAGCCAUCUGGGCUUUGGCCAUUAUGGCAGCCAUCACUAUGCGAGAAGUGAAGAUGGUAUUCUUACCAUGAACGAUGAAGAAGUUAUGAUGUUUCUGAGUUUUCUUUCAGGGUCUCCAGGCUGCCUACAAAGUAUAGCCUGCAAACAACCCGAGGAAGCAAAGAAGUAUAUCGAAACAGGAACGUUAGUACUGAAACUAACCAAGUUGGUGGUCGAGCUAGAUGAUACAAAGUACCAACAAGCAUUAUCAGAAAUGCAAGCCGCUAUGAACAUAGGAUUAUCCGCACAAAGCUGCGAUGUUUUCCAAUGCGAUAGCAAGACAGAUGAAGGUGGAUGACGAACCUAAAUCUAGAAUAAAUUUAGCAUCAUUUGAUCAGUAUUACUUACC